CUCUUCUAGUCAACUAAGGAAGUAUAAAUAAAGGUGAAGCAACGUUUUUGGAGGCUGUCCCUUUUAUUUGAGAGAAAAAUAAUUUUCUGCUCUUUACGUUGCUUGCUGCUCCUGUUUUUUAUCUUAUUCGAGAAGAAAAAUACAUUAAAAGAUUUGCUUAGAAGAUCGGUUCUUCGGGAGGAGAACUCAGAAGAUCUCGGGAGGAGGUCGAUCCGCACUGAUAUUGAAAAUAAAAUUGUUCUAAGAGAAAAUAAAAUUGUAGAGUGUUGCACUGAUAUUUUUGUCCUGAUGCAGACGAAGAUGCAAUUCUUCUUAAGGAGAAAUUUAUCAGGUGUCCGCUAAAAAUGGAUGCUCCGGAGUUGGUACUUUCUCAGGCACAUGGGCAGGCAACGCUUAUUGUUGACUUUCUCCAUGAAAACGUUCUUGAUUUUGUGAGGGAGGAGUCAAUUGACGACGCAUGGGUCAUUGGUACAUAUUUAAGUGACAGUGACUUACUUCUUGCCUCAUCGGCAAGUUUGAGUCGAAACUAUGAAGCUGAGAAUGUUUUACAAUCUACUGCUGCUUCUAUUGCUGUGCGUGGAGUCUUAUUUGGGAAUAAUUAUCCACUGUCUUCUAGGUAAGUUUCAAACGAAAUAACUUUGUCCGUUUUCACGUGUCUUG